CUUUCCCUCCCACUCUCGCAAACAGGUCCUCGGCCACGAUCUCAUCUCGAACCCUCGUCCUAAUCACAUACGCACAUACACACGAGAGAGAGAAAGACAGAUCGAUACACGCGGGAACGUGAUCUCAGCGGUUCAAGAUGGGAGGAGGCAACGACCUCAAUCUCAAGAAAUCAUGGCAUCCUCAGUUGAUGACCAACCAGCGCCGCGUCUUCGAUGCAGAGCAGGCAGCGCUGCAAGAACGUAAAAUCACCGAGGCCAGGAUCGAUGAGAUCAGGCGUGAGCGACAGAUCGAGGAGACGCAAAAACAACUCGAGGCCUCGGGCGGACCCAAACGUGUCGACCGCGUCGACUGGAUGUACCAGGGCCCCAACGACGGCGGGCGAGACGAAUUCUCCAGCGAAGCCUUCCUGCUCGGCAAGCGACGCAUCGAUUCCAUCCUCCGUGGUGACGAUGCCAAAACACUCGAGAAACCAGUGGGCCCUACAGGCUCAGUGGGCGCGCCCGUCCCCAUUGUUGCAUCUGCCCGUGAUACAGCGGCGAAGAUUAGGGAGGACCCCCUUGUGGCCAUCAAACGGCAAGAGCAGGAGGCAUACCAGGCGAUGAUGAAAGACCCUUCGAGGCGGCGGCAGCUACUAGCACAGAUGGGCAUGGCGGAAGAGGAGCCCAAGAAACGCAAGGAAGAGCGGCACCGCAGUCACAAACAUCGAUCAUACCGCGAUCGUGACGACGAUGAGAGGCGACGC